GGCAGUCAUUGUGAUGAUGAAGCGAUACAUACAUAAGUACCACUUCGGGGAACGAAGAACAUAAGUACAAAAUUUGUCGAUCAUGAUGAUCUAGCCGCCGAGCGGCCGAACUUGUGCCCUACCUCGACCAGACGACCUGCCAUACGUUUGGACAUUAGCUGUCUUCUGCUUUCUCUAUUCCGAUUCUCCAUACACGGCUGCGUGGAAAGAGACUUCACGGGGUUCAAUUGGCAUCGUUGUAUGUCGCGAAGUUCGUCAGCCCGAUAUGAAGAGGCAAGAGCGCACAACAUGACAAUUCCUCUACACCAACUUCCGCACGAACUACUCUCCACGAUAUUCCAGGGCACCCUUCUCCCUGCUCAUCAACGACAUGGCGAUCGUGAUGUGAAGAACCUUCUCAGGCUCACCGCUGUCUGCAGUCAUUGGCGCGAUGUCGCGCAAAAUACAGCGACAUUCUGGACAACGAUCCGCUUGGAUGACGAUGUGCGACUUCUCGCACUCCAUCUGCGCUGCUCCCAUAACGCGCUCAUCAGCGUGUACGCGAAUGGCUCGCGCGACGGCCGCUGGGCGUCGAAGGCGCAGCUGCUCAUCCCGCACGCCGCGCGGGUCGUCAAGCUCGACCUUCGUCUAUGGCCCGCCGUGUGUACCGAGGCGUCCUGGUACCACGUAUCCUCCCUUCUCGGCUGCCCGAUGCCCGCACUCACCUCGCUGCGCGUCGACGCGAACGACGUCGGCGUCUUCGCGCUGCCCCCGAUCAACCUUGGCCUCUUCCCGCAGCUGCAGUCGCUCACGCUGCACGAGACCGAGCCGGCGUGGGACCCCCCUCUGAUGUCAAACGUGACCGUCGUCCAGAUGUACGGCCUCCUGUGGCAGCAGCAGCCGACCCUCGACGAGUUCCUCCGGCUGCUGUCCUCGAUGCCCCGUUUACAGGCCCUAUUCUGUCUGAACUGCGGGAUGAAGAUUGCCCGCAAUUACGGAGGGAAUGCUGUCGACUCGCGCACGCGAGGUGUCGUGCCGCUGCGGGAAAUACGAUCUUUGAAGCUCAAGGACGACUCGCACCGGCCGCUCGCGGUCGUUCUGAAGUACCUGUCGCUCCCGAGCACGGCCACGGUCGACGUGGACUACGCGCCGACCUUGGAUAUGUACCUGAAUAGGGACGUCCGCGACCCGGGCGCCAUCAUGGUGGUGGGCUGGAUGCGCAGGCUGCAGGCUGCGUUCCUGGAGAGAGGGUUAACGGAUGAGGUGAGUGAUGCCGUUUCGUCCGCCCCAAACUGCUCUCGAUCGUUUCAUCAGGAGGUACUGGGGAUUGACAAGCUGCUGACUAUUAUUGAGAAUUACAAAGGCAUGACCGCCCAUCGUUUGACUUUCUCGAACAUCAUGAUGGUCGUCCAUCGUAUAUAUACCCUACCCCCACAUAAAGUGCACCGGAGUGGCGAGUUCAAGUUCCGAAAACGUGCAUACGUCCUGUAUUCGAGAUGGCAGGCCCUGGCAAAUACGAUUUAACGAAGAUCAUGUCGCUCGCCCAUUUCUCCAGGCUUCCCCGCUUAUCAUUAUAUUGCAACUCAAGUACUCACAAUAGGACGAUUUCCAGCAUGUCAGCCCUUUCUCAGCGACAUGCAACAUACUGCAACGUUACGGCGACGACAGCGCACGGCGAGAUCGGCAACUCCUAGUUGACUGCCUGUCAUUCUACUGUGCCUACCGUCGCCACUUAUGACGCAAGUCGCACGGCGCCGCCGUACGGGUAUAUAAGGGCGAGUUGUAGUCCCUCCUCUUCUUCUCUUAGACCGUCAUUG